UUCUUUUUUUUUUUUUAGAAUAACAAAGAGAAGGUAGACCUUUAUGCAUGUAUGUUUAAAUAUAUCCAUGAUACGUCUUUUUUUUAACCUCAUAUAGUUUUUUUUCUUUUAAACCAUUUUAUUUAUUUCCAGCUUAAUUGAGGUAUAAUUAACAAAUAAAGUAGUAUAUAUUUAAGGUAUAUACCACAUGAUGUUUUGGUAUACGAAUACACUGUGAAAUAGUUACCUCAACCAAGCUAAUUAACACAUCUGUCACCUCACAGUUACCUUGUGUGUGUGUGUGUGUGUGUUGAGAUCACUGAAGGUCUGUCUACUCUCUUAGAAGAUUUCAAGUAUACAGUACAGUAGUAUUAACUAUAGUUACCAUGCUGAAAUUACCUCUCCAGAACUUAAUUCAACCCUCCAUGAUUUGUACUCUCAAAAGUUUUCUUGAUUUAUAGUUUUCAGUAUUUGUUUCAUUUCCUUGCAUUGGUUUUCCUGCUACAAGAAUUCCUUUUACCCAUAUGUUGGAUCGUCUUUGCUUAAGGUUAAGCACAAAACUGUGUCUUUGCUUAAAAUAAGCACAUAAUAUUUGCCACUAUCUCUCAAAUGAUCUUUUUUUUUUUUUUUUAAUUACUGAUUCUUGCCUCAUUUCUGAGUUUCUUAAUUCUGAUUUAGGCUGUACUAUCAUUUUCUUAAUGAUGUUUAGCUCAUUUGCAUUUGUAGUGAGAUACAGUUUUGAUUUGCUUUCUGGGCAUGUUUUUCUGGUUUGCACUCAUUGUCUGAAAAUGGAUGUUACUCUCUUUAUGUGAAGGUGUUUCUAACUUUUUAAAAAGAAAUGUGGUUCAAGAUGGUUUUUCUGGCUUCACAUAACUCCUCCGACCCUAGACUCCUGUUGGACACUAUUACUCUCUUUUUCAUGUUCAUUUUUGCACACUUUUUUUUUUUUUAUCACAGUAACCACCCCAAAACUCAGCCUGACAAAUGAAACUAAGCUACAUCAGGCUAGUAGUUUGCUUAGAGCUUGACAUAUGUCAAAUAUUGCUGUACAUUUCAAAUUUAAAAUACCCCGUGGUAACCUGGGAGUUUGUUGUGGUGCUCUGUGACAUUCCGGUCUACAGUUUGGGUGGUGCUACUCUUCUGGAGACUACACUUGAAAAACCAGUAAGACCUUUCACUUCUUUUUUCUUAAAAACUAGAAGUACAGAAGAAAGAUUUUCAAAGUUGUACUACCAGCCCAGAAGAAAAUCUCUUCCUUUGGACCCAUGCAUUCAGAUAGGCAAGCAAAUUGACAAAAAUAUUUUAAUAUAUUCAAAUCAAGCACUUUGGAGACAGUGUGCUCCAUGGGACACGGCACGAGCAGGCUCUAUAGUGCUCUCGCCAAGACACUGAACAGCAGCACUGCCUCCCAGCACCCGGAGUAUUUGGUGUCACCUGAUCCAGAACAUCUGGAGCCCAUUGAUCCUAAAGAACUCCUUGAGGAAUGCAGGGCUGUCCUGCACACUCGACCCCCCCGAUUCCAGAGGGAUUUUGUGGACCUGAGGACGGAUCACCCCAGCAGCCACCCACCUAUUAGGGUCAUGCAGUGGAACAUCCUUGCCCAAGCUCUUGGAGAAGGAAAAGACAACUUUGUGCAAUGCCCUGUGGAAGCACUCAAGUGGGAAGAAAGGAAAUGUCUCAUCCUAGAAGAAAUCCUGGCCUAUCAGCCUGAUAUAUUGUGCCUCCAAGAGGUGGACCAUUAUUUUGACACCUUCCAACCACUCCUCAGUAGACUGGGCUAUCAAGGCACAUUUUUCCCCAAGCCCUGGUCACCUUGUCUAGAUGUGGAACACAACAACGGACCAGAUGGCUGUGCCUUGUUUUUUCUCCAGAACCGAUUCAAGCUAGUCAAUAGUGCCAAUAUCAGGCUGACGGCCAUGACACUGAAAACCAAUCAGGUGGCCAUUGCACAGACCCUAGAGUGCAAGGAGUCCAGUAGACAGUUCUGUAUCGCUGUCACUCACCUAAAAGCACGCACUGGCUGGGAACGAUUUCGCUCAGCUCAGGGUUGUGACCUUCUCCAGAACCUCCAAAACAUCACUCAAGGAGCCAAGAUCCCCCUUAUCGUCUGUGGGGACUUCAACGCAGAGCCAACAGAGGAGGUCUACAAACACUUUGCUUCCUCCAGCCUCAACCUGAACAGUGCCUACAAGUUGCUGAGUGCUGACGGGCAGUCAGAGCCCCCGUAUACCACCUGGAAGAUCCGGACCUCAGGGGAGUGCCGGCACACGCUGGAUUAUAUCUGGUAUUCUAAACACGCUCUGAGUGUGAGGUCGGCUCUUGAUUUGCUCACCGAAGAACAGAUUGGACCCAACCGGCUACCGUCAUUUAAUUACCCUUCAGACCAUCUGUCUCUAGUGUGUGACUUCAGCUUUAAUGAGGAACCUGAUGGACUUUUAUAAAUGCUCGUCUGUGUCUUUUUCAUCACAAGAAGUCUUAACCAGGGAUGUUUCAGGAAACUGAAAUAGGAUAAAAAGUUGCCUGAGGAAGGAUUCCCAAUUUCUUUUACAUCAUUUUCUGUGUUUCCAGCAUGCCCUUGGGAACCCAGGAAUCCCAUUAGUCCACAAACCUUUUCCAUUAAAACCUACAGCAAAAAAGGUGUUUGCACUCCAGUUUUGGCUUGUAUUGUUUUCUUUCCCUUAGCAUUACAUUUUGAUCAUUUAAGGGUAUUUCAAUUAGGCUUGUUUUGUAGCUUUUUUCAGUUUAAGGAUGCUGUAUAAAAACAGACUUGCUUGAGUCCUCCGUAGAUAAUAAUAAGUAUACAGGAGCAAUUUCUCUAGAUAGCAUUUCAAGUUAUUUAUUUGUGGGUUUUUAGAAUGCCAACAAGAUAUGCAUGGCAAUAUUUAUUUUUUUAUAUCUUCAUGUAAGAUGAAGUAAAUAAGAACAUUACGAACAUUUUAAACCCUUGCAAACCAUAAGUUAUAGAGUAAUUUAUAGUGAUUUUCUUAAAUCUCCAAGAUAUUUUUACUUCAGGUCUAACAGUAGCCGUGUACGAAGGGACUAUUUAGCCUGAAGGCAUUUUUUUGUUAUUUAAGUGACAAUAUCAGGUUUCCUUGAUGCAUUCUUCAUAAGUAAUGCUUGCUAUGCCUCCAUGUUCCCAUAAUUGUGUUUCUUAAAGAGAUUCCAUGGCCAGUCAGUCUUCAUUAUUUAAUCACUGUUUUGCAUUUAUCGUUUUCCAUUGGAAUGCUAUGGUAUAUACAUUUGAAGUCACCCAGUGUCUAUUUGUAUUGGACUGUGCUUUUCACAAUUAGGAACUGUUAUGUGGCAGUAGCUAAGAAAGUAAGUGGGACCUGCUUUUCAGAGACGGGAAAGUAGAAAGCCUAUUAACGAAGCUGUCAUUGAAAUUUCCUAAGAUAGCCAGGUGACUAGUUCAAAACGUCUAGAAAGAAGAGUAUAAAAAGUCUGAAAGAUAACCUGGAAUUCUCUUCCAUAGGAAAUAAAAGUGGUAAAGAUAACAGGCGAAGCCCCCUCCAAACAAAAUCCCAACAAAUAACCUAUUGGUAAUAAACUGGUAAAUAUUUUAACCCAUGAGCUGUAAAUAUUUAAGAAUAAUAAAUGGUCUUUUAAAGCUA